CCCGAGGUGGGCGGGGCAGCCCGAGGAGCGCGCGCCAUGCAGGCCAGGGGGUACCCAGCCGCCGGGGAGAUCGGCCCGACUAGCGCCUCCGCCCAAGUGUCUGUUAUCCUCCCGGUCCAUGACGCUGAACCGUGGUUGGACGAAUGCUUGGGGUCGGUUUUGCAGCAAGACUUUGAAGGCUCCGUGGAGCUCUCCAUUUUUAAUGAUGCCAGUAAGGACAAAUCCAUGACUAUCAUCGAAAAAUGGAAAAAGAAGCUGGAAGGUUCCGGCAUCCUCGUGGUUAUUGGAGGGCAUGAUUCUCCUUCUCCCCGAGGAGUCGGAUAUUCUAAAAAUCAAGCAAUAGCACAGAGCUCAGGGUCUUACCUUUGCUUCUUGGAUGCAGACGACGUGAUGAUGCCUCAGAGAGUGAGGCUGCAACACGAAGCCGCUUUGCGACACCCAAAAAGUAUUAUCGGUUGUCAAGUGACGCGGGAGCCCCCCAACUCCACCGAGCGGUACACGCGGUGGAUCAACCAGCUGGCACCUGACCAGCUGCUCACCCAGGUGUUUACCUCCAACGGCCCCACCGUGAUCAUGCCCACCUGGUUCUGCUCCCGAGCCUGGUUCGCCCACGUGGGCCCGUUUGAUGAGGGCGGGCGGGGUGUCCCUGAGGACCUGCUGUUCUUCUACGAGCACCUGAGGAAGGGCGGCGGGGUCGUCCGUGUGGACCAGAGCCUCCUCCUCUACCGCUACCACCCCAGCGCGGCCACACACUCGGUCCUCGAGACCACCAUCUGGGCCCACCGCGUCCGCUUCCUGGAAGAGCGGGCCCUGCCCCACUGGGCAACCUUCACCAUCUGGAACGCGGGCCGGCAGGGCCGCCGGCUGUACCGCAGCCUGACGGCGGGCUCCCGGCGCAAGGUGGCUGCCUUCUGCGACGUGGACGAGAACAAGAUCAGAAAAGGCUUCUACUGCUACGAGGACUCUCAGGAAAGGCCCAAGCCCCGGAUCCCAGUCCUGCACUUCCGAGCCGCACGGCCACCCUUUGUCAUCUGCGUGAAGCUGGACCUCACAGGGGGCGUGUUUGAGGACAACCUGAGGUCGCUGAACCUGCAGGAGGGCCGGGACUUCCUUCACUUCAGCUGACAAACCCGUGGCAGCUGCUCCCAGUUUUCAGGAAUCUGCCUGAAGAUGUUUUUGUCAUCACAACUGGGAGGGGUACCCACCGGCUUCUAGGUUGUUGCUAAAUAUUCUGCAACACACAGGACAGUUCCCACAGCAGUGACUCGACUCGACUCGACAGCGUGAAGACUGGAAACCAGCUGUGCGCCGAGGAGGACUGCUGUACCACAGGGACCUAGUCUGCGCUUACCAGGAGCGGUCCAGCCGAGGCGGGCUGAGUCCACCGCGGCCUCCACGCGGCCCACGAGAGGCAGUCCGUCCUGUGGCCCAGGUGCAGCGGCACCGUCCUGGCCCGACAGCUGUGCCUCACAUGUUCUCACCCGUCCGUCCACAUCUCUUCUGCGCCCAGACCUCACCCUGUGAAGCAGCAGACGGGAGGGCCCGACCCUCCCAGCUCUGAGACCGGCCACACAAGUGCCCAGGUGGGGAACCUUUACACGCACUGGCCUCUGGACAGGCCCGCGUGGGCGCCAGCCUGUGUGGAAAGAAGCCGCCUGUCUUUGCUUCACAAACCCUGAGUGUGUACCCGACUCUGAACAAAUGGAAAAAGGGUACAGACCAUGUGGUUCCUCCACGUCCUGGAGGUUACACGCUGGCACGGUGGUGACGCUGCCGACCACACCCUGUUUCAGUCCAGGUUUGAGCUACUGUCACAAGUCCCCUGUGUGGAUGAAACUGGUCCCUGCAGCAUUCAAAAAAGUGUCAGCUCUGAACAAAACCACACAAAGGUAGGUGACUUGCGAUGCCUGUGUGCACUGGAUGCUAGAACAGGGUGAGGGGGGAAGACGCUCCCCACACGACCCCUCAACAGCCCUCUGCAAAAGGACCAGGAGAAGGCAGCCACUCUCAGCCCGAGGCAUGGCACUUUCUCUGCGCUGUGAUCUGACAUUAAAUGUGAGUCUCCUAGAGUUUGUCAGUGGGUUAGACCGAGCCCAGCAAGGCCACAGCGGACGUGGUAACAGGACAGCCAUGGGAGGCUGCAACCGGUCGUCCCAGGCCUGUGCUCCCGGAGCACCCCUCCCAGUGAGUCUCAGCAUGGGGCAGGGGUGGGUGGGGAGGGACCCUACACGCCCCUCUGGUUCCAGCUCUCCGACCAGACAUCCCCGCCGACACCAACAGCAGACACAAGACAGGGAGCUGCUCAGCAGGUAAUUUUAUUAAACGCGGGUUGGGGAUGAGGACAAAAGCACCGACAGGCCAGGGCACCCGGGCGCAGGACGCAUGUGAGGAGACGCCACCUCCAGGUAACAGACUCUGGGUCCCUCGUACGCACCAGCCAGGCCGCCAUCCGUCCGCAUCUUCCCUGUCAACUGUGCCCGGGCUUCUCCUGGCCAGGCAGCAGGCACGAGCUCAGCUUCCAGGACCAGCCUCAGCGGACGGCAGGCUGCGGAGGACACGGGACAGAGUCAGCCGGUCAGUGCUGUCUCCCCAGCCGUCCCUGCGCCCCGCUCCCCCGAACGUGCCAGGAGCCCGUGGGCAGUGAGUGGGUGCGGAGCGGGACUGUGCUAUCCCCACAACUUCACCAUCUUUGCAACAUUUUCCUAAUAAUGUCGAAAGCACGUUUCCUCAGGAAGCCGGUGGUGUGCCUGGCCAUCACACAAGGAGGCAGAAUCAACCCUCAGCCGGCCGUCAUCAGCUGCACCGCCUGGGGACUGACCAGUGCUGCCCCCGCCCCACAUCUGAGGGGGUCCUGUGGGGCCCCCAGAGAAGGCCAGGCAAGGGCCGUACCCUUGUACCACAGGCGGGGGUGGGGGAGACUUCACCUCAGGAAUAACUCCGCCACAAAGAGAAGAAAUGGAGAGUUAAAAGAGCACAGUGAACUGAAGGACAGUGACGGGAGCGGUGGCUGAGUAAAGGCACGCCAUGACCGCCUGGGCCCUGGGAAGCGAGCGCAGCACAGCCUGAGCCCCCUGCACGGUGCCGCCGUUCCGAGUGUGGUACAUCGGGAAGGAACGCCGUCCUGAUGGGCAGUCCCUAACAGAACAGCAGGAAAACUGCAGGACGUUAACAGAAGGGGAAGUGAAAUGGUAAAAAUGUCAUUAACCACUGCAAAUGAAGACAAGAAAGGAAAGAAACAGGAUUGAAAAGAAAUCGGCAAACUAACCCAGUAAAGCCAAAAUCACAUAUUAAAUCCAAGUGGAUAAAACACUCAAGUUACCAUUUUAAACUGGAUUAAAAAGAGGUAAGACCUAGCUACUGUUUAUAAGAAACUCAAAUAUAAGAACGUACACAAACUGGAAGUGAAAUAAUGAAGAGAUAAACUACAUGAACACUAAGCAAAAACUCCGCUGUGGCUCUCAACAUCACACCAAGGAGACCUCAAGGCAUGAAGCAUCAUCACAGAUAAACGAGAAUAUUUACACCGACGGUCAGUCUGCCAGGAAGACGUCACAGACUUAAAACAUGCAGGCACCUGUAGCGAGUGAAAGUGGCUCAGUCGUGUCUGACUCUGCAACCCUGCUGACUGUAGCCCACGAGGCUUCUCUCUCCAUGGGAUUCUCCAGGCAAGAAUACUGGAGUGGGUAGACUAUCCCUUCUCCAAGGGAUCUUAACAACCCAGGAAUCGAACCAGGGUCUCCUGCAUUGUAGGUGGAUUCCUUACCAGCUAAGCUACAGGGAACACAUCUUCAAAUGCAUCACAGAAGUUGAGAAAACUAAAAAAAGAAAUUGAGAUUUUUCUCAAUCAACAAAAUGCCACCAAAGUACAGUCAGGCAUCUGGGGAGCCCUGUGCAGUGCAUUUAAGAAAAACAUACACAGACUGAAAAUCAGUCACCUUUCUCAGCCCCCACCCCAAAGUUGGGAAACGGAAAGAUUAGAAGACGAACUUAAAUGGUGACUGACAAGCAGCUGGCGGCUGAGCAUGACGGGACACAAGGGCGAGAAGCCCUGGCGCCCUCUCCACGGAGCUCGCUCUCCCGUGUGGUUCCCAAGGACCAGGACCAGCUCUGCUGCAGCAAAUGCCUCACACUCCGCUUACCUCGCUCCUGUUCCCCUGAAAGGCUGGCCUUCAACAAAAA